AUGGUCAAUCAACUUAACAAGGAGAAUCUUGAAUUGGCCUCAGUCCUAAUGUUCCACAUAUGGGCCAGGAGGAAUGCAUUCAUAUUCCAAAAUCAUUUUUCCCAACCAGGUUCAGUUACAGCAAGGGCUCAGUCUGAGCUCUCUUUGUUUCGAGAGUACAAUACAGCCAACAAGAACAGAGCUGAAGGUAGCAUGAGAAACAGGUUAACUGCAACUUGGAAGCCCCCUAACCAGCCUUUUGUAAAAGUCAAUUUUGAUGCAGCUUUUGACAAGACCAAUGGUAGAGCAGGGAUGGGGAUAAUGAUCAGAGACCAUGCAAGUAACUUACAAGCUUCUUUGACAGCCUCAAGGGACAACACUAACUCAGUCUUUCAAGCUGAAGGAGAAGCACUUUAUAGAGCAAUGGAUUUAUGCCUCGAGCUAGGACCGUACCACGUUAUUUUUGAAGGAGAUGCCAAAGAAGUCAUAGAUGCUGUAAAUUCCAAAAAAAAAAAAGACAAUACGUGGUUGGGACAAUUGACAGAAGACUUGCAGCAGUUUUUGGUGCGCAAUCCAACCUGGCAACUAAAUUUUGUUCAUAGACCUGCUAACAAAGUUGCUCAUACAGCAGCUAAAUUAGCUAUAUCUAAUGUCAGUGAUUGUUUUUGGGUAGAUGAUGGUCCUCCAGAGGUCAAAAGUAUGGCCUCGGAAGAUUUAACUUGUAUGGUGUAA